AUGCGGACGCAGUGUAGACGCAAUUCUCGGCUUUUGCCGAUCGGCCGUGCCGAACGGCAAAAGCCGACCCAGUGGGGACGCGGCUUAACAGGUGCUGAGAUAGAUCGAAUGCGGACAGUGUUCAGCGAUACAGCGAGGAAUUACGAUAAAGAUAUCAUUUAUGCCGCCGCCGCGGCAGCGAAAGAAUUAGGCUGCCAUGACGUUCAUACAUUCGGUGCUAUCAUUGAAUUGAUUGCAUUAGAAAGUCACGGAAAAUCCAGAUCACAGUAUCGUUCAUAUUUGGCGGAAUUUCAAAAAAAUCCCGAUACCAGAAAACAAUUUGUGGCCGACGUUAAAAAAGAUUGUGGAAUAGCUACAGAUAUCUUGAAAAAUGUCAAGUUAAAGUUUGAUCAUGAAUAUUUGGCUGUAUAUCACUAUAGAAAACACGGAUUCGAGUUCGGAAAUAAAAUUUCAAUGCAUGUGUAUCUUGCUGAUAUUCCAAAGGAUCUAUUUCAGAAACAGUAUCUGUAUAGCGAUGUGUAUGAUCAAGCUGGAACGAGCAGGAUUCAAAUUUAUGCGAAUAAGGAAGGCUCGCAAUUUGGAGUGUUGAAAAUAAAAAAUAAUAAUCCAUACGUCGCAACGGUUUUUUCAAACCAAAAAUUCUUCGAGAAUUGGGAAACAAAAUUGCCAAUAGCCCAAGAAUAUUUAAAUCUUACUACCCUUCACUAUAACGAUCCAACAAUUCCGACAACUAGAUUUUUCGAUAUUUUCGGUUCUAACCUAUUAAAAGACAUGGGCAUAGUUAUUGGCGAUAUACAAGUACAUAAAUGUAAUACAUCACAAAAUUUGAACACGUUUGAAGGUAAUUCUGAAGAUAUCAAGAAUUUGAGAGAAUUAGCCAAUUUACUUACUAUAAUGACUCAAGCAGACAAAACUGAUUAA